AAAACACUCACUAGGCUAGAAGUGUUAAUAAAUCACAUUACAGGUUCUUGAGAGUCAAUUCCAAUGUUUUUCUGAUCAGUGCUGGUUACAAAAAGCAGAAACCUUCCACUUAGGUUUACAUUGCGGCUGUUCAUGAGAUGAAAUUAAUUUAUUCUGGUGAACCUGAAUGUGAAUGGGAUUGUGGUGUUACUCAUUGAUCUGGUUUUGCUCAAAUGCGGUGUUUUCGAUACGCACUGAACGCUGCUCUGUAGAAACUUGUUUUGAAACAUAAUUUUCACAUGUAACAUUGAACAUAUUUGCUUCAAAUGGGAUUUAUAGUAAAGUUUUGCAAACGGUUUUGUCACGUAGUAAGCAUUUUUCAACAGGCAUUGAUGCAGCCACCUACAAUUUAGAAACAAAUGCGGUGCACAUAGAUUUCAACCAGUUAAUUUAGCCACCAGUUAAUCCAUAACACCGGUAAUAGAGUCAGACUGGGAGCUAAACACGGAUGACGUCCCAGGUGUUGGAUGACCUUAAGGAAGAGGAUGAAGAGGGUUGUGUUAACCCUACAGAGGUGAAAAUGAGUCAGAUAGUCAUGCCCUGCCACUGUAACCAUCAGCAGGAGCUGAGUGUGGGACAGCUGCUGAAAUGGAUGGACUCCACUGCCUGCCUCUCAGCUGAGAGGCAUGCUGGAAGUCUCUGUGUCACCGCCUCCAUGGAUGACAUCCACUUUGAACACACCAUCAGCGUGGGUCAGGUGGUGAAUAUCAGGGCAAAGGUCAACAGAGCCUUCAGCACCAGCAUGGAGGUGGGGAUCCAUGUGAGCUGUGAAGACCUGUUCUCUGAUCGCCACUGGAGGGUGUGCCAUUCCUACGCCACCUUUGUGACCCAACGAACCAAUACUGGACAAAAAGUGACGCUGAGGCCAGUUGUUCCUCAGACGCAGAGGGAGCAUGUGGAAUACAGCGUGGCAGCUGAGCGAAGACGGGUCCGGAUGCUGCACAGCGACAUCGUCAAAGAACUCCUGUCCAGUGGCUCUGUGGAGCAGGCUGACAGCUCUGCAGUGUGUAGCGGGGUGGCAGCAGAGAAGACCAGGGUGGAGAGUGUUGAACUGGUUCUGCCUCCACAUGCAAACCACCAGGUGAAUACAUUUGGAGGACAGAUCAUGGCCUGGAUGGUGAAUGUGGCAACAAUUGCUGCCAGCCGCCUGUGCCAGGCUCAUCCGACUCUUCGGACCAUUGACAUGUUCACUUUCAGAGGACCCUCCCAGGUUGGAGACAGACUCCUGCUGAGGGCUAUAGUCAACAACGCCUUCAAAAACAGUUUGGAGGUGGGGGUACGUGCAGAAGCCUACCAGCAGGAGGGGCCUAACCGCCACAUAAACUCCGCCUUCAUGACCUUUGAGGUUCUUGAUGACAGCGGGAAGCCAUGUACUCUUCCCCGGAUACGACCAGAACCUCUGGAAGGUGAGAGAAGAUUCCAAGAAGCAACAGCCAGGAAAAAAAUCCGCCUGGACAGGAAGUACAUCAUCUCCCGCAAACAGAGCGAAGUUCCUCUGUCUGUUCCCUGGGACCCCAGGAACCAGGUGUAUCUCAGCUACAACAAUGUAUCAGCCUUGAAGAUGCUGGCAGCUAGGAAGAACUGGCGCCUGAGCACAGAGAAAGAUAAGGUCCGUCUGUACACCCUGGAGCAAAAGUCCAUGUUGAGUUUCAGGGUGGAAGCGGAGGUGGAUGUUCCUGCUCACAGAGCCUUUUGUUUGCUUGCUGAACUAAGCAACAGAACAAGUUGGGACAUGCACUAUAAGAAAUGUGAGCUGAUUCACGGUGUUGAUGAUGAUGACUUCAUUUAUCGUGUGGUGACACCAUCAGUGCAUCAGGAUGCGGGUGGGUCCCCCACCUCAACCAAUUGUGGAGAAGGUGUUCUCCAGGAUUUCAUCCUUUUAGCCUCUAGAAGGAAGCCCUGUGGCCAUGGAGACUCUUAUGUCAUUGCUCUGCGCUCAGUCUCCCUGGCAACCCAUCCUCCCUUUGAAGGAUACAACAGAGGAGAGGUUCUGUGUGCUGGAUUUACCAUACUGGAGACCAACAACAACAUGUCACUGAUCAGUUAUUAUAACCAGGCGUCUCCAGAGGUCCUUCCUUACAUCUCCACAGAUAUUGCAGGCCUCUCCUCCUCUUUUUAUCACACCUUCUGCUCCUGCAGCCAGUACCUGAGCAGAAACAGGCAGCCGGUCGCCUCUGAGGAGGUCACAGGCAACUAUGGCGCCGCGAACACCAACAGCCCCACCUAUCUGCUGUCAGGGGUAGUGCACAGCACCCCGCUGUAGACGGCAGGGCCAGUUUAUGGGCCAAAUUGUCAGUGUGCUGCUUAACACAUGGAACCGUCAAAAAACGCUACAGUUGGUGUUUUCUGAAAAACACAGAUGUUUUUUUUAAAUAAUGCUCUGAGAUGCAAACCAAAGAAUAAAACUGAGAUUUUAAGCUAUUGACUAAGGUUGGAAAUUGAUUUUGUACUUUUGUUUCCUUAUAUCAAAAUUUAUUAAACAUGUCUGUGUUUAAUAAAUGACAUUACAGCUCUUAGGAGAGAUGAUGUUUGCUGUACAGAUUCAGGUACUGGGGUAUAUCAAUAAAAUACUUUUUUUUCA